GCCGCCCGCGCCCCUGGCGCUCACCUUGGGCGCGGAGGGGAGGCUGGUGCGCGGCCAGGCGGGCGGUGGAAGGAGGCGGCGGGCGGACGGGAGCGCAGCGCGGAGCGCGGCCGGGCUGGCGGAGGUUUUUCAAAGGAGAUCAUAGAACUUUUCCUUCUUUGUUCCUGCUCACUGAGAUCAACUAUGGAACAUGCUCAAGAGCAUGAAGCAUGUCUUGAGCAAAUCCAGAAGUAUCAUGUGGAGAGACCAAUAUAUAACCAAGAGCUUCUGCAAGGACAGCUGCACAGACGGGAAAGAACACCUCAGACUUUUAGAGAGAGGAUUGCACGUUCUUGUCGUUGUUCUUCUAAGAAAGCCAAGUCUCAUCUUUACAGUUUCUUACCAAUUUUAAAAUGGCUUCCCCGCUACCCCCUGAAGGAGUAUUUGUUAGGAGAUAUUAUCUCAGGUAUAAGCACUGGGGUUAUGCAGCUUCCUCAAGGCUUAGCCUAUGCUUUGUUGGCAGCUGUUCCUCCAGUAUUUGGCCUAUAUUCUUCGUUUUAUCCUGUCUUUCUCUAUACUUUUUUUGGGACGUCCAGGCACAUAUCAAUAGGCACCUUUGCUGUGAUUAGUAUGAUGGUCGGUGGAGUUGCUGUGAGAGUAGUGCCUGAUGAAGUGGUUUCUGUGGGUUAUAAUUCUACUAAUGUUACAGAUUUGCUUGCUUCUAGAGAUGCCAAGAGGGUACAGGUAGCUGUGACUCUCGCCCUUCUUUCAGGAAUUAUCCAGUUGUGUUUAGGUCUUCUUCGGUUUGGAUUUGUAGCAAUAUAUCUAACAGAGCCUCUGGUACGAGGAUUUACUACUGCUGCAGCAGUUCAUGUCUUUACUUCUCAGUUAAAGUAUCUACUUGGAGUGAAGACUAAACGAUACAGUGGACCCCUCUCAGUUGUAUAUAGCAUAGCUGCUCUGCUUUCAGAAAUCACGACAACCAAUAUUGCUUCACUGAUUGUUGGAUUUACAUGCAUUGUUAUGUUGCUGAUUGGCAAGGAAAUCAAUCUCCGGUUUAAGAAGAAGCUCCCAGUUCCUAUUCCUAUGGAGAUCAUUGUGGUAAUUAUUGGCACAGCAGUUUCAGCUGGAAUGAAUCUGACUGACUCAUAUGGAGUGGAUGUUGUUGGGGAUAUUCCUCAAGGGUUACGUGCACCCAAAGUUCCUGAGAUUCAGCUCAUUCCAACAAUAUUUGUGGAUGCAGUAGCAAUAGCAAUAGUUGGAUUUUCAAUGGCUGUGUCAAUGGCCAAGAUCUUUGCACUUAAACAUGGUUACACCAUUGACGGGAAUCAGGAACUUAUUGCCUUGGGAAUAUGCAACUCUGUGGGAUCUUUCUUCCAAAGCUUUUCAGUCACUUGCUCAAUGUCUCGGAGUCUUGUUCAGGAAAGCACUGGUGGGAAAACUCAGAUUGCAGGUGCACUCUCUUCAAUCAUGGUUCUGUUGGUAAUUGUGGCUAUUGGCUACCUCUUCGAACCACUUCCACAGACUGUGCUAGCUGCAAUUGUCAUGGUGAACCUGAAAGGAAUGUUUAAACAGUUUGGAGAUGUCGCACACUUCUGGAGAAUCAGUAAGAUUGAACUGGCCAUCUGGGUGGUAGCUUUUGUGGCUUCUCUUUUCCUGGGACUAGACUAUGGUUUACUUACUGCAGUAACGUUUGCAAUGAUAACCAUUAUUUACAGAACCCAAAGCCCUCAGUACAGAAUCCUUGGUCAGCUUCCUGACACUGACAUUUACUGUGAUGUGGAAGAGUACGAAGAGAUUAAAGAACAUCCCGGAAUAAAAAUAUUUCAAGCUAAUACAUCUCUUUAUUUUGCCAAUAGUGAGUCAUAUGCGAGUGCACUGAAGAAAAAAACUGGAGUGGACCCUUGCGUUAUAUUAGCAGCAAGGAAAAAAGCCCAGAAAAGGCAUGCCAGGGCAAUGAAGAAGGCAAACGAAUCCAAGAAGAAAGCUGUCUUGAAGCUAACUAAUGAUAUGGAAGCGGGUGUAAAACAUGAGAUAGCAAAUGAUGAUGAGUUACCUGUAAAUGGAAAAUUCACAUCUGUAGAUGAUAGUGUAGAAGACAGGUCUCCUGAUGAACUGGAAUACUUCGUGGAGCCAAAAACAAAUGUCCACUCUUUAAUUCUGGAUUUUACUCCAGUGAACUUCCUGGAUUCAGUUGGAGCAAAAACAUUAAAAUCAAUUAUAAAAGAAUACAAAGAAGUUGGUGUAUGUGUCUACAUUGCUGGCUGUAAUGGCCCUGUUAUGAAUGAGCUGACAAGACUGAAUUUUUUUGAGAACAGUGCAACAAGAGAUUUAUUUUUCCACAGCAUUCAUGAUGCUGUCCUUGCUUGUCAUGUGAAAGACACAUCUGCUUCACAGACUGCCGGAGACCUCUGAAGAGUGGCAUCUGGCAGAAUGGAAGUCAUAAUUUAUGCUGAUAGAGACUCUUUCAAUAUUUAAUUUUGCACAGUUUAAGGAGAGCCUAAGGCUAUUUGCAUCUGUGGGUUAAGGCUGGGGGCUUAUUUACAGUAGGAAUAGUGGACAAGGAGUUGGAAGCCUUUAUGCUCUUCAGUUUUUUUCCUUGCUGAAUCAGGGUAUAGCCUUGCAACAUAACAAGCAUAAAAUUAUGUGAGACUGAAGAUGAUGUGGUAUGUUCUGCUACAGUCCAAAUCAGUCUGUGGCAGAGGGAAUAACUGCAUUGAGCUGAUUGCACUUAACUAGCUGCAGGUAAAAUAGUGAAACACAAAGUAGAGAAUAGACAAGGUGACAUUCCUAUUCCUGUUGAGAAAAUGGGCACUUUAACUCACUACAAAGUGGGAUCUUGCAGGAAAUAACUGUUCUGCAAUUGCAAUGCACUGUACCAGUGUCUUGAAAGAAUUUUCUUAAAUCAUAUUGAAAGCCUGAUGUCAACAUUUGCAUACAACAGAUUUAUAUAAAGGUUAGAAUAAUAUAUCAGCUGAAUUAAUGAAUUCAAACUGGUGGCAUUAGCUGCUAUUGUUUUUAAUCCUGAAUGGUACACUUUUUUUUUUUUUUUUUGAAGUUUCUAACGUUUUUCAAAAUACUAAUCUACUCGUUACCUGAAAAUUUGCAUUCCAAGUGAAUUUCAAAUUAGGAUCCAGUAGUUUGUUAUAGUUAUUACAUUAUCAACAUUGUACUUUCACUGCCAAAAUCUACUUAUACUUUCUAGAAAAUAAUAUAAUUGAUUUGAAGCUAGAAUUAAUUUGACUUCAAGGUUUAAACUGGUUUAAGGCAGGAAUCGGGUCUAAUAAAUUAAGAAAUGAUGCCCUAUAUGCAGUUUUUUAAGUUGGAAUAAGCAGGUAGGCAAAGUCUGAAGUCUCAAUAGGCCAAAAAUAUUUUUAAAUAGUAUUUUUCCAUUGCCUGAGCUGUCUUCCUACCACUACUGUUCCGGCCUCAGCUUUCAAGUGCUUUGUGAAAUAGAUUUCAGUAGAACUCAAAAAUGUAAAGUGCCUUUUUUUUUUUUUUUUUAAUGAAACCUUAGUUUGUUUUUGUCUUUACAAGCAGCUGCUAUGGUACUGCUUGACUUCCAGUGUGAGAACCGAAACAGAAGAGUAAUUCAAACAGGAAAUAAAUCUGCAACUGCUGUCUUUGCCUAGCAAGUCAUUAGGAAACUGAGCAGGUAGGAACAUGAAAGUGUUUCUGUGUGGUUAUUUCAACAGCACAGGGGAAGUGGUGUGUCAGUGACAUGUCACUCUGUGCUCUCAAAUCAAAGGGCCUGUGCACAAGGGAAUUCAAACGACUUCCUCUUCUCUGAAUGCAAACUUAAUACUUGGGUUUUGCUUCCGAUUCUGUUGCAGUCAGGGCUUGCUUCAGGCACACAAUGUUUCCCAAAACCUGGGGGCAGUAGGAGAAGAAGUUUUCUUUCCUCAGUCUCCCCUGCCAGUAGGGAUAGGAAGCAUUCUGCAUCAGAAGUUACCACUUAGCUGGAGUUCAAAGGAUGGAUUGAAUGCAGUUACAUUAUAUGAAUACAUUGUCUGUGUUUAUUUAAGCAACUUUUGGUACAUUUUAUAAUGUUAACUAGUUUAACAAGCCUUUGUAUCUACAUACAGUAUAUUUUUCUACUUUCAGCUUGUUGCAGCUUGUUUUUAACUAUAUAGUCUCUUCAGUUCACAUCAAAACUGUGUCAACUUCUAAAAUAAAGUGUUUAUCAGGA